AUGGCCUCGGUGGCGCCGGAGGUUGAGAAGAAGGAGGAGGAGGAGCAGGUGGUGAACCCGUGGGAGGUGUCGGCGGGGAAGGGCGGCAUCGACUACGACAAGCUGGUCGACCAGUUCGGCUGCCAGCGCCUGGACGCCCCGCUCAUCGACCGCAUCGCGCGCCUCACCGGCCGCCCCCCGCACCGCUUCCUCCGCCGCGGCCUCUUCUUCGCCCACAGGGAUUUGAACGAGAUACUGGACAUCUACGAGAAGGGGGACAAGUUCUACCUCUACACGGGGAGAGGGCCCUCCUCAGAGGCGUUGCAUCUCGGACACCUCGUCCCCUUCAUGUUCACCAAAUAUUUGCAGGAUGCUUUCAAGGUUCCUCUAGUGAUACAGCUAACUGAUGAUGAGAAGUUCCUGUGGAAAAAUUUGACUGUAGAGGAAAGUAAAAGGCUUGCGCGUGAAAAUGCAAAAGACAUUAUAGCAUGCGGAUUUGAUGUUGAAAGGACUUUUAUAUUCUCUGAUUUUAAUUUUGUUGGCGGUGCCUUUUACGAAAACAUGGUUAAAGUGGCCAGAUGUGUGACAUAUAAUAAAGUUGUGGGAAUAUUUGGAUUCACUCCAGAGGAUCACAUUGGAAAGAUUAGCUUUCCUCCUGUGCAAGCAGUUCCAUCAUUCCCUUCUUCAUUUCCCAAACACUUUUCUGGCAAUGACCAACUACGGUGCCUGAUACCUUGCGCAAUAGACCAGGAUCCUUAUUUCAGGAUGACCCGUGAUGUUGCUCCAAGAAUUGGUUACCAGAAGCCAGCACUGAUUGAGUCAAGAUUUUUCCCUGCUCUUCAGGGGGAGAACACGAAAAUGUCAGCUAGUGAUCCAAAUUCUGCUAUAUAUGUGACCGAUAGUACUAAAGAUAUAAAGACAAAGGUAUGUACUCAACAUCGUUUCUUGUAUCAGAAAAAUUAUUUCCGAACAGUUACAUGUUUUAAGUUGAUCCUUGUUUGUUUGAGAGCAUCUACAACCAUGAUGCACAAGUCUGGCUCCUCAAACAUCCGCGACCGCGCCUGGGCAUGUCCGCUUUUAGUCCCUAUUUGUCCAUGCACACAACCAUGCCUCUCAUUUUCCCCCUAUAUGUCCGGUCACAUGUAUAUGAUUGGUGGAGAGAAAGAAAGAAUAAAGAAAGAGAAAAGGUGGUCCGCGGUGGCGAAAUCCUACAUGGCGCCCUGCCCUGACACGACCGGACAUCCCUGUAUAUGGCUUGGAUAUGGGGAUUUGUGCCCGAGCAUAUGA